AUGCAAAACAAUAAAAGAACAACUUCGACCGCUGCAGCUUUGGCCGUGUUAUCAGCAAAUAUUGUUUCUAAGAUGUGGAAUUUAAAGAAAGAAGGCGGCAGUGAAUCUGCAAACAUAAGUUUUAAAAAAUUUUGUGCGAAGUUAAUAUCAAAAUCGCAAAUAUCAGAUGAUACUAUCUUCUUGUCCUUAAAAUAUGUACAAAGGUACAUCAAGAAAGGAAACAACAUUGACUUUACCAACAAGCAUCAACUAUUUACUAUUGCUCUUUUGUUGGCACAAAAAUGGCACAACGAUGAGGUGUUAACAAACAAAGUAUGGUCGGAAAUAUUACAUAUCUCUCAAGCCGAUAUCGACGCGUUGGAGAUUUCAUUUUUGAAAUCAUUAGAUUUCAAGAUGCAUGUUACAAAAGAAAAGUACAAUUUUUGGCUUAAUUGCGUAAGAAGUUGUCAUCGAACUGGCAAACAUGAAUAUCUGUUCACCAAAAGACAUGAGAAAAUGGGCAUACUCCUAUCACCUUUACCAAAAUCUGUUUUUAAUUAUGAUGCAAAGAAGGGAUAUGAUAAAAUCGAAAAAUCCAUUACCGAGGAACAAGGCAAAACAUUUUCCGAUCAGAUACUAAAUGAAAUGUUUGACGAUAAUUGGAACAAAGCAUGUAAUGUUACCAAUUUAUUAAUGGGCGAACAAUUUGCCGUUUCGACUAAUACGGAUACCUAUACUGCCCAAGAACCUUUAGCUGUUAUGACAGGAAUUUGCCUUUUAUUUUCUUGCGAUGAUCCCUAUUGCAACCGGUAA